UUCUCCCCAGCAAGUUCUCACCGGCUCCUGUUCAGACCCAGAAGGGGAGCCAGGAGCGAGGCUCACCCGACCCCGGCGGGCAGGACUCCGGAGCUGCGGAGCGCUCCUGCCUGUCGGGCGCUAGGAGUCCUUGCGGCUAGAGACGCGUCAGGACUCCAGCUCGCCAGGGGUGCCAGUGCGUUCCUGGGUCUCUGGUUCCUCGAGUCCAGCACAGCCAGCCUCAGAGACGCGCUCUGAUCGGGGACCUCGGCCGAACAAGAUCAAUCAUUGAAAUAAUUGCAGCUACCAGCUACAGAAAUGGGCAGCAAAACCUUGCCAGCACCGGUGCCCAUCCAUCCAUCCCUGCAGCUCACCAAUUACUCUUUCCUCCAGGCAGUGAAUGGCCUGCCCACAGUCCCUUCGGACCACCUGCCCAACCUAUAUGGUUUCAGUGCCCUGCACGCUGUACAUCUCCACCAAUGGACGCUGGGCUACCCAGCCAUGCACUUGCCACGUUCCUCUUUCUCUAAAGUGCCAGGUGCGGUGUCCAGCCUGAUGGACGCUCGCUUCCAGCUGCCCGCUUUCCCCUGGUUUCCUCACGUCAUCCACCCUAAACCAGAGAUCACCGCGGGAGGCAGCGGUGGGGCGGCGCUGAAGACCAAGCCGCGCUUUGAUUUCGCGAACCUGGCCUUGGCUGCCACACAAGAAGAUCCCUCCAAGCUUGGCCGAGGGGAGGGCCCUGGCUCUCCCGCUGGUGGGCUGGGCGCCCUCCUGGAUGUGACCAAGCUAUCCCCCGAAAAGAAGCCCACAAGGGGACGCCUGCCUUCCAAGACUAAGAAGGAAUUCGUCUGCAAGUUCUGUGGCCGACACUUCACUAAGUCCUACAACCUACUCAUCCACGAGCGGACGCACACCGAUGAGCGGCCUUACACCUGUGACAUCUGCCACAAAGCCUUCCGGAGGCAAGACCACCUACGGGACCACAGAUACAUUCACUCCAAAGAGAAGCCUUUCAAGUGUCAAGAGUGUGGAAAAGGAUUCUGCCAGUCGCGGACUCUCGCUGUCCACAAGACACUACACUCACAAGUGAAGGAGCUCAAAACCUCCAAGAUCAAAUGCUAAGUAAACAGAGCCUGCGGGGCACCAGGACCCUGGGCGUGCUGCUGCCUUUUUUUUUUCCCCCCCAGAGGGACCCAAGCUG